AUGAAGCAACUCGUCAAUAAGAACCUCAUAACGCUUAAAUGCGUUCUCUUCUGUUUCCUUUCUGGUAUUGGGUGCAUCUUCCCUUUUCUGCCACUGCACAUGCUGUCAGUGGGUCUAGACAAGGGAGAAGCCCGGUUGAUAUCAGCUGUCGCGCCAUGUAUUGCCUUGCUAGGUCCUGCCGUGUUGGGGCCUCUCAUUGAUAAACUGUCAGUGGGUAGAGGGUCAACUGGCGGCGCCACCAACCCGAGUGGUUCCGGGCGGCUACUGCGAGUGAUCACAGCUGCUUGCCUCAUCCUCAGCGCUAUAUUCUACACACUCCUCCUUGCAGUACCUUAUACGGAACGACAUGAGGCUCGACGACCUGAAGUGCUCUUCAUGUGCGACGAAGACAGUGCUUAUGUCAUGCAAGAAGUAUGUAAGGAGGACAUGCGCUGCAACCGGUGGUCUGGCGAAAAGUCAGGAGUGCUGGCUGUGACAGCAUGUGAGUACGGGUGUGCAGACGAGAAUAUGACAUGGGUGAAGCAGCCUUUCACCACCACAUCCACCACCACCACGCUCAGCCCGAUGUACCUCAGCGUCGCCAACGCUACGACUUCUGCGCCAGAAGUCACCGAAGACGACGAAGUAAGACAUGCGAUGCCUUUCGAAGUGAACCCUCCCCACUUCUGCUACAACGGCCAGUGUCUGGUUUACAUGCAGCAUCAGGCGAGGCUUCGCGUGCCUUUAUCUUUGAUAGCACCAGAAUUGCCUGAAGACAACAGCACAUCAGACUCUGACUGGUGCACUUAUCGAACAGCGGGUCCUUCAAAGUGUCAGGUGCCUCCAAAUCGUUUGGCAGAGGUCUCAGAAAGCGACGACUGCAGGCCAGCGGUGCGGUGCCAAGUUCUUGACCCUUACGAUGAACCUGAUGGUGUUUUAGCUGACGCUGAAUGUCGACUCAUCAUUGGAGAUCCCAGUUACACGUUCUGGACUUACUUAAUUAUUAGAAUAUUAUCGGACAUCUGGCCAACAGCAGGAUUAGCUCUCCUCGGGACUGCCUGUGUGAUUGCUACCAGAGAAACGUCUUUGGGACGAGGUGAUGUCGGUAGACAGUUGGCCUUCGGUACAAUUGGGCUAGCCAUCUUCCCCCCACUCGCUGGACUGGCCGCAGAACAAAUGCCCGACACUCCAUUCCUUAUUCCAUUUGUUCUACACGCUGUAUUCAUGUUUAUCGGAGCGCUUAUUCUACUCUUCGAUAGUCACAUGCCCCUGUCUACCCCGGAGUGGUGGUGGCAUACUGCCACUGGUGUAUUAGCGAUGCCAAUGAAUACGGUGCGUCGGUACGGGGCUGAAACAGCUGCAGUUUUCGCCGUGGUGGCGCUGCUAGGCACUUUAUGGAGCGGCAUCGAUGCUUACUUGCCUUGGACGGUACAGGAGCUGAAUGGCACUGUAACAGAAAUGGGUCUAACGCUAACAGCAGGAGCGCUACCAGCCGUGCCCGCCCUCUGGUGGGCAGAAGCACUUGUGGACUACAUUGGCCAUUCCAAUGUCUUCAUCAUGGCAUUUACUUUUUACGGCAUAAGAUAUACUGGUUUGGCAUAUAGUACCGACUACACAUGGGUGGUAGUGUGCGAGAUAUUGGAAGUGUUCACACUUAGUUUAGUGUGGGUGACCGCAGUGUUGUAUUUCCGUCACCUGGUGCCGCGUAAAUACACAGCUACCGGACAAGCUCUGCCGGUUAUUGCUCAUUUUUGUAUCGGUCGGUGCAUAGGUGCCAUUAUCGGAGGCAUGGUUUCCUUACAGCAGCCGUUGCAGGCGGUGCGGAUGGUGUACAGGUCGAUGGGAGUGGUGGCGCUGGUGGUGGCAGCUGUGUACCUCGGGCUCUAUCACCUGCUCCUAGCCCCGCGCUGCGCCGCACCCGCUGUGUCGCCGCCACACCAUCUCCUCCAAGGUUUAAAUAGAACGAAUGGAACAACGAAUGGCACAUACUCUCCUAUGCGGGUGUACCACGAAGAACGUUCCAGAAAGGGUCACUUCCGUUAUUGA